AAAGGAAGGGCAUUUCUGGAAUUUAAUAAUAGUUCUGGGAUAUAUGAAGAAAGAUAAAGCUGCUCAUGCUCACGGCAUCAACAUUUAAAACCAAUUAAUUAGGGCAGAUUUAUUCUAUUGUUCUUCACAGAAACAAAUAAACAAAAUUAGAGCAUACGUACAGAAUUGCUUUCAUUUUUUGAUGAUCAUUAAUAUCUCGAUUAUAUUCUUACUUCUUUCUUGUUCUCUCCCUCUCUCUCUGUUUCUUUCUUAGGUCCCAAGAAACAAAGGAAUCAGAUGGGUAUAUAGUGUACCUUAGGAAGGGUAUAUAUAUAUAUAUAUAUAUAUAAACAAAACAAUUAAGGUCGUAGUAGAGAGAAGAGAAUAGGUAAAUAUAAGGAAAUGGGAAGAGGAAAAAUCGCAAUCAGGAGGAUCGAGAAUCGGACGACAAGGCAAGUUACGUUCUCGAAGCGGCGAGGUGGACUGUUCAAGAAGACUCAUGAACUCUCUGUUCUUUGUGAUGCUCAGAUCGGCCUCAUCGUCUUCUCCAGUAACGGCAAAUUGUUCGAAUACUGUACCCAAACGACAUGCAUGGAUCAAAUCAUCAGGAGGUAUCAGAUUGCAAUCGGCAGCCGAAUUCCGGAGCAGAAUAUGAACGACCCGGAGGAAUUGGAGCGUCGAGUUAGGAUUAUGAGAAAAGACACCGACGAUCUUCAGCUCAGUUUGCAACGCUACACCGCCGACGAUUUCAGCACUUUUCACCUACGCGAUCUCGACGAUAUCGAGAACCGUCUUCAAAACUCUCUCAACAGAGUUCGUGCCAGAAAGUCAGAGCUGUUACAGCAGCAAGUCGACAAUCUCCGGAGAAAGGAGAAAAUGCUGGAGGAUGAAAAUGAACAGAUUUACCAUCUGAUAAAAGAGCAGCAGAUGGCGAUGGAGGAGCAGCAGGUGGCGGCGGCGAUGAUGCAGAAAAGAAGAAGCGAAGAAGAGGAAGAGAUGAUGCUGAGAAGGAGGCCGCCGCAUGAUAAUAAUGAUGUUGUGGAAAAUCAGACGGCGGGGGUUGAGGUUGUAAAUAUGGAUGGUAAUGAGCAUGGUUUUGUUCAUCAUCAUGGGUUCGGAAAUGGUAACAAUAACAAUAUUCAUCCACAGCUUCAGCUUCAACUUCAGCAAUACCAUCACCACCACCAUGAGCCAAGCAGCGUCCUUCAGCUGGCCCCACUUCCCUCUCCGCCGCCUCCUCCGCCCUUCCUUCCCUAUCGCCUUCAGCCCUUUCAACCCAAUCUUCAGGAUAUCAACCUUCAUUCCUCCGCCUACGAAUAGGAGUGGCGAUGGGAUUAAGGAAUAUUCGUGGAACAACUUCUUGCUCGUGACUGCUCAGAAUAUGUCAUUUUAUCACUACAAAUAUUAACCUCUAAAAAUUACCCAAUUUCUAUAUCAUCAUAUUAUAUAUAUUUUUAUAUUUAUAUUAUACAUUUCCUUUCAUUUCAGCAAAACCUACUUAAUUAUAU